AUGCGCUUUCUUUCGACAUUCAGCGCUCUGCUGAUCUCCGCUUCGACCGUCAUCUCAGCAUCGGUUGACGACGUCUACAACGAUAUCAUCUCGCUUGACCAAGAUGUCCAGACAUUGACCGACAUGGUCCGCGGCUACCAGGGCGGCCUGAUUGCUCAGGGCCCACUCCUCCUACAAUUAACGAAGGUCCAUAUCGCAACACGCAAAGGUGGAUACGCUGCAUCGACUCUACCUACCACGCUCCUUUCAGAGAGCGACGCCCUGCGACUCAUCGAGCAUGUCAACACGACUCUUUCAGUUGACAACCCGAUCGCUGUCAAUGUGCUCAAGUCGAAAAAGCCCUUGUUCGAUGCGAGCGGUACGGAUCCAUUCAUCAAGGCAGGACUGCAAAUCCUGCUAGAUGAUCACUUGUACUUCAGCAACGAAGUGUUGGAGAGGACCCCUCAUGAUCUGAUCGUAGAGGCCAACCAAGUUGUGGAUGUGAUCAGCAAUGCGUUGCAGGGAGGCAUUGCCGUUUUUUCAUAA